AUGUCUCCCGGCGCACUUGAUACCCCUACCGCCGUCCCUACCAACGGCAACACCAAUACAGUACCAGCCCCAACACCAGACGCCGCCCCUGAGACAUCGUCGAUGUUUCUCAAUACUCAGCCUGGCCCAGACCACGACUGGAGAAUCACCCUGAAGGACAAAGUCAUCGCUAUCACUGGUGCCAACAGGGGCAUCGGCCUGGGCAUCGCAGAGGUCUGUCUAGCGAACGAAGCAGCCGCCGUCUUCAGCCUCGACCUCUUCGAACCCGGCGACGAGUUCCUCGCUGUGCAGACCGCCAACCCUAAGCGUCUUGGCUACAUCAACUGCGAUGUCACCUCCGAGGAGAGCAUCACCUCGGCCAUCGAUGCCAUCAUUUCCAAGCGAGGUGCCAUCCACGGUCUCGUCGCCAACGCUGGAAUGACAAAGCAUCAACCAGCGCUCGACUUUGACCGUGCCCAACUGGACAAGCUGUUCAACCUCAAUGUGUUUGGGGCAUACUUUUGUGCAACCACCGUUGCAAGGCGGUUCAUUGAGCUGGGGAUCAAGGGUUCUAUCGUCUUCACGGCAUCCAUGACUUCCUACCGUCCCAACCGUGCAGCACCAUCAGCUCCCUACGGAGCCACAAAAGGUGCUGUGCGAAACAUGACGCACACUCUAGCCAUGGAGUGGGCCAAGCACGGGAUUCGCGUCAACUCGAUCUCGCCUGGCUUCGUCAAGACGGCCAUGACAUACUUUGUGGACCAGACACCGGAUUGGGGUCUCAAGAUGCAGUACUAUGGCGGCAUGCCGAGAUUGGCUGAUCCAAAGGAGCUGGGGGGUGCGUAUGUCUACUUGCUCUCUGACGGUGCUUCCUAUACGACGGGCAUCGAUAUCCCGGUUGCUGGAAUUGUAGGGGCUUGGUGA